UCUUAGUGUAGCUUGAUGGUGAACUGUUGCUUUUGCGGAAAACACCCAAGACCGAAGCGGGCUUAGUGUACGUAUAGUGGUGUAUAUCCAGGAUAAGCUUUUUCUGAUGUCAUCCAGGCUGAGGUUUUAGACACGCUGCUGUGUUUCUGUCCACAGGGGACAACGGUCGCACUGAGAGACACGGAGUCGGGCUCCACGCACGGCCAUAUGACGGGGGACUAUGGGAGGCCAAGAUGCAAAAAGCUGUCCAAUCCAGAGGACUGAUGGAAAUGGAGGGAGUCAUACAAACACCAGCUUAUUUGAUCCAACGUUAAUGAAUUCAACAACUCUGACAUGGAGCACAGCUGUGGAGUCCAAAGGUGGAGAGCAGCUGGUGAGACGGUCCGAUGUGUAAAGCUGAAAGAGUAAACGAGGAGCACAUUUUCAGAUCACACUGCUGAGAAAGAGUAGGCGUGUUUGAUCUGAGCAUACGACACAGGACUAACUGAGUCAGAUGACAGCAUUGGACGCAGCUAUGUAAGAAUACAUCUCUCCAGUGUGCAGGUCCUGACAAUCAACACACUUCUGUGAUCCAUGCCACGGAUGUGGGCUCUCAGUGGAAAAAGGUGCUUACUCAGCAGAAGAGAAAGGAGCAGAUGAUGUACACCUGAGAGUUCUCUUAGCGUUGGGUCUACUCCUGUAGGACAACAAACUUUUUGCUAUUUUUUAUUCUAAGGAGAAGGCAGGAAGCAGAAGCCCUGAGGGUUUAACAUGCCUCGGAACCGAGCCUUCUCCGAGCCAGAGUACUCUGCGGAGUACUCGGCGGACUGCUCGGUCACUCUGCCCUCUGACCCAGGGCAGGCGGUCGGGCGAACACACGAGGUCACGGUUCGGAGCUCCGGAUGCUGCCUCUGCCUGCCGCGGUUCAUGCGCCUCACCUUUGCACCGGAGUCUCUAGAAAACCUCUACCAGACCUACUUCAGGCGGCAGAGACACGAAACCCUGCUGGUGCUGGUCGUGUUCGCGGCCCUCUUCGACAGCUACAUCAUCGUCAUGUGUGCCGUGGUCUACACCACUGACAAGCUGGCUUCUGUUUUAGUGGCAUCAGUGGGACUGGCAGCAGACAUUGCCCUCUACCUGCUGUGCCGCUUCGGGCUGCUGCCGGACCGCGUCUCGAGACGGGUGGUGCCCUACGCCCUGUGGGUGCUCAUAGCAGCUCAGAUAUUCUGCUACCUGGGUCUGAACUAUGCUCGCUUCCACCAGGCCAGUGACACUGUGGGCUGGCAGGCUUUCUUCAGCUUUUCCUUUUUCCUGACUCUGCCUUUGAGGCUGACACCCAUCGUGCUCAUCACUACUGUAUCCUGCGGGGUCCACACCCUGGUUCUGGGUGUCACUAUCGCCCAGCAGCAGCAGGAGGACAUCCAGGGGACAGCACUUAGCAGACAGCUGCUUGCCAACGUAGUGAUCUAUGUUUGUGCCAUCACCGUGGGCGUCAUGUCGUACUACAUGGCUGACCGUAAACACCGAAAGGCCUUUUUGGAGGCCAGACAGUCACUGGAGGUCAAACUCAACCUGGAGGAGCAGAGCCAGCAACAGGAACGCCUGCUGCUCUCCAUCCUUCCAAAGCACAUAGCUGAUGAGAUGCUUCAGGACAUGAAGAAGGAGCCUAGUCAGAAAGAGAUGCAGCAGUUCAAUACAAUGUACAUGUACAGACACGAAAACGUCAGUAUUUUGUUUGCAGACAUCGUGGGCUUCACACAGCUGUCCUCGUCCUGCAGCGCUCAGGAGCUGGUCAAACUGCUCAAUGAGCUCUUCGCUCGCUUUGACAAACUGGCUGCAAAAUAUCACCAGCUGAGGAUCAAGAUCCUUGGAGACUGCUACUACUGUAUCUGUGGGCUGCCAGACUACAGGGAGGACCACGCUGCCAGCUCUAUCAUGAUGGGUCUGGCCAUGGUGGAGGCCAUCUCGUACGUCCGAGAGAAAACCCAGACAGACGUGGACAUGCGGGUUGGAGUGCACAGCGGUACAGUCCUCGGGGGGGUGCUGGGUCAGAAACGCUGGCAGUACGAUGUCUGGUCCACAGACGUCACUGUGGCCAACAAGAUGGAGGCUGGAGGGAUACCAGGACGUGUCCACAUCUCACAGAGCACCAUGGAAUGUCUUCAUGGAGAGUUUGAUGUGGAGCCCGGGAAUGGAGGUGAGCGCUGUGACUACCUGAGGGAGAGGGGCAUCGAAACCUUCCUAGUGGUUGUUCCUAAGGGGCCUGUGGGGAAGAGUGGCAUCAAUGGUGUAAAGCUGUCUGUUACCUCUUCCAAUGGAAACUCCCCGCUGUUGAUCAACACCACAGAGUGUAACGGCAGUGUGAACACAGCCUGCACCACUCCGGAGGAACCAGAAGACCUUGAUACAAGGGUGGUAAAUCCAUCUUUCCCUAACCCUCGGAGAAGGCUUCGGCUGCGGGACCUGGCUGAAAGGGUGAUCGAUGCUCAGGAGAACGAACAGGAGCUCAACAAACUGCUCAACGAGGCUCUGCUGGAAAGAGAGACAGUCCAAGCUCUGAAGGGGAAACACACCAACAGACUAUCCCUGAGGUUUGUGGAUCCGGACCUGGAGACUCGUUACUCUGUGGAGAAGGAGAAACAGAGCGGAGCUGCCUUCUGCUGCUCCUGUGUGGUCCUGCUCUUCACUGCAGCCAUGGAGUCACUCAUAGACCCCUGGCUGAUUGCAAACUACAUCACCUUUGCAGUGGGAGAAAUCCUGCUGCUCAUCCUGACGAUCUGUUCUCUGGCUGCCAUCUUCCCUAGAGUCUUUCCCAAGAAGCUGGUGUCUUUCUCCACCUGGAUCGACCACACCCGAUGGGCUCGUAACACCUGGGCUAUGGCAGCCAUCUUCAUACUCACCAUGGCCGACAUCAUGGACAUGCUGAGUUGUCUGCCUCAAGUCGCCGACUCAGGUAGCACCACAGUGGCCCCGUCCUCCUCCUCCUCUUCCUCCUCCUGGUCUGGCCCUGACGGUUGUCUGGACAACCCCAAAUAUUACAGCUACAUUGCUGUGCUGGCACUGAUGGCCACCACCAUGCUGGUUCAGGUCAGUCACAUGGUCAAGCUCACACUGAUGCUGCUCAUCACAGUGGCCACCGGCAUUGUUAACAUCUACAGCUGGAGGGACAUCUUCGACCGCUAUGACAUGGCCCGCUUUCAGGACUACAGGUCAUACCUGGUCCCCUCCAAGUUCACAAUGACGGUUAUGAUCUUCAUUAUGAUGGUCAGCUUCUAUUAUUUCUCCCGACAUGUGGAGAAGCUUGCCCGCACCCUGUUCCUGUGGAAGAUUGAGGUCCAUGAGCAGAAGGAGAAAGUGUACGAGAUGAGACGCUGGAAUGAAGCACUGGUGACCAACAUGCUGCCUGAACAUGUGGCCCGACACUUCCUGGGCUCCAAGAAAAGGGAUGAGGAGUUGUACAGCCAGUCCUACGAUGAGAUUGGAGUCAUGUUUGCCUCAAUUCCCAACUUCUCUGAUUUCUACACGGAGGAGAGCAUCAAUAACGGAGGGAUUGAAUGCUUACGGUUCCUCAAUGAGAUCAUCUCAGACUUUGACAGUCUGCUGGAUGAGCCUCAGUUCCGCUGCAUCACAAAAAUCAAGACAAUCGGCAGCACCUACAUGGCAGCAUCGGGUGUCACCUCAGAUGUCAGCAACGGCUACACCUGCAUUAAGGAGGAGCAGUCUGACAGAGAGCGCUGGCAGCACCUGGCAGACCUGGCAGACUUUGCUCUGGCCAUGAAGGUCACACUCAUGAACAUCAACUACCAGUCAUUCAACAACUUCAUGCUACGCAUCGGUCUGAAUAAGGGUGGAGUGUUAGCAGGAGUGAUUGGUGCCCGAAAACCCCACUACGAUAUCUGGGGCAACACUGUGAACGUGGCCAGUCGCAUGGAGUCCACGGGGGUCAUGGGAAACAUCCAGGUGGUGGAGGACUGCUAUAACAUCCUGAAGGAGUACGGCUUCCGCUUUGUGAGGAGGGGGCCCAUCUUUGUGAAGGGGAAAGGGGAACUGCUCACUUAUUUUCUGAAGGGAAGAGACAAACAAGGCUCAUUUAUCAAUGGCUCCUCUGUCACUCUACCACACCAGGUGGUGGACAGCUAAGGACCCCCCCCCCCCCCACACACACACACACACACACACACACACACACACACACACACACACACACACACACACAUACAAACACUCCCUAUCAAUCCCCUCUAGGACGUGAAGUGAAAUGUAGAGUAAUUUGCUUAAAAUUGCUCUCAUACCUGAACUUAACUGAAUGUUUACAAGUCAAAAUAAAACACCACUGACACACUUCAUACACACCUGUGACAAUACACCACUAACCACUGAAUAAACACACGUGUUCACUGUCUGUGGAAAGAUUUAUGUGCCAGUAGAGAUUGUAUUUAAACUUGAAUGUCAUGCUCAAGAUGCACUACAGAACUCAAAAUGUCAAUAAUUGGAUAAAAGAAUUAAUGAACAGAAAAGACUAGAAACUGACAGGAACUUCAGGUAUCUAGAUACAUCUAGAUGGGAUAGGCUGGAAGCAGUGAAGUCGAGUGUUGUCAUGCCCCCUAGCAGAGUGGUGGCCACAUUUAGUCAAUUAUGGCAGCUGUUUAUAAAAACUUAAAAAUCUAAAAGAAAUGUUUAGAGAUUCUUUGAAAGAGAUCAAGGAUUUAGCCCCGAUCCCUAAUGUAAUGGAGGUGAAUGGAAUUUCAUUAUUAAUUAUGGAGUAAGCUUUUCCUGUGACACAACAAAAGUGAUAUGAAACAGCUUCUCCACAUUUCGUGAAAACCGACUGUGACACACACAGCGGCCUCAGCUGCAGUUCAAACAUAAAGAUAAAUCAGUUUCAGCAGCUACUGAUCAGAGACCAGUGAUGUUGUGGUUCUGUGGUAUGAACCUUAACCACUGGACUAUCAAAAUGACCUGUAUUCAAUUCAAGUUCAAUCACAUGUCAUCUUGCUACAGAGCAGAUUGGAUUUUGGAGUUAUUGGAAUGAAAAUUGUCUUUUGAUUUCAAUCUUAAUUUUGGAAGACUAAUUCAAACUGAUGUCAUUUCAUUUAAAUACAAUGAUGGGCUUUAUCUCUUUCCAUAAACACUUGUUGGAUAAAAACAGAACUUUGAUCACAGACACACACAGCCUUUUUGCAAACAUGCCAGUUUUGAUGUCAUUUCCUUAGCACGUUCACACUCCGUGGCUUUUGGAUGCGCGGCCUAAAUUUUGGACCGCUGCCCAUUUACAGAACACUUCCAUGUAUGGAAACCUGACAAACUGAUCUGAGCUCAGACUUCCUGUCUCUGAUGAGGAAGAGGAUAUGGAAGUGGACCAAUGAGAGGCCAGAGUGUGACGAUACAGACUGAUCUGCCACCUGUUGAUGCCAAUGUGUGGUUCUGUAUAAUAGUGUGUGUGCAUAGUGUAUUUUUCCACAGUCAAAGUAUUCUCCCUCCAUGAUCAUGUGUUAGCACUGUGCUCUCCUCCCUGCUCCCGGAGCUCGUACAGCACACUGCAGCGUCAGCUCCUGGAUGUUUCUAUGCCUCGAAGCUGUGAUGAACAUAACGGAGAACACGUAUGUUUGCUGUUUGUUUGAGGAGAGGGACAGGGGACAGUGUCCAGAGGAUAGAAUAGAUGGAAGAAAUAUUUUUCACACUGAUUGUUGAUUGAUGGAAGUGCCUAUGACAGCUAUGAUCACCAUGUUUUCAUGUAGUUGAAGCAUUCCAUGGCAUUAUACAGGCAGGGGAAAUUCUCAGCGUCCUUUUACAUUGCUGUGAAAGGACCAUUCCUAUUUAUUUCCGCUUGCUCUGGUCAUAAUUUCUAUUGGUUAUUGAACAGUGGAUGGCUGAGAUGUUCAGACGCGAUGACAUCACCAAAAAUGGGUCCAACGGGUCAAGAACACCAUCAGUCCCAUGGUCAGCAGGUUGGAAACAGACCAACAGGUUAGUUAAACUGAAAAGAAGGCAAACGGUAAAAUGAUUAAUCAAUUACAGUUUUCAACUCUGACUGUACUUACUGUAGUUUUGUGCACAGUUUUCUUGUGAUUUCAGGUGACUCACUUUCAGUCUAAACUCCAUAUAAAAUGGUAUGGAUGAGCUGAUUAAAGUGUUCGUAUCCAACCUGUCAGUAUAUCUUACUGCUUCUGUUUCUUACCCACUAGACCUAUUUCAGUGAUGUCACUUGAAAUAUGAUCUCAGCAAUUAACAUGGAGAGAACAAGGUUUAAAAAGCCAAAAAGGACACAAGCUGUCAUGAACUGGAAUUUUCCUUUGACAGCACGGUAGUUAUGUGUAAAAAGAAGGCUGUAACAAUAGAGUUUAAAAUAAAGUCAGAAAGUAUAUUUCAUGAUGUCAAAUGACGACGGCAACAAAAAGUUCAAAUACAUGACGUUGAACUUGUUGCAGCCUUCCAGGGUGGUCUCAUCCAGCAUUCGUAGCUAUAUCAUGAAAAAGAAUGUGCCAUAAUUUCUAUGUUGACCUGGUAUUAACAUGCAAUCUGCAUCUGGAUAAUGAUAUCUGGUUAUGAGGCCUUUGAAUUUACACCUGGAAUGAAUACACAUUCUAGUUUUCUCAACGCUGCCUGUACUGUUGGAUCUCAACACACAACUUAGGUGGGUGAGCCAGCUGACUUUAUGUUCCAGCUUUGCUUCGCCACUGCUGUCCAACCACAGUUCUAUGAAGUAAUUGUUUCAACUCUGAGUGUCAUCAAUUGCCAUCCAAGAAAGGUGACCUUUUAAAUAUAUAGAGGCCAGUUCACACAUGGCUACGAUCUGAUAAUAAUGAAAGCCAGACCACCUCCAGGUGCAUUAACGUGUGGAGUCCCUGAUCCAGAUAAGGUAUCCAGAUACAUAUCUCAUGCUCUCAUACCAGAUGGGAAUGGGGUCUCAAUCCUCUAGUGAAUUCAGGCCUGAAGUUGGCUCUCAUCUGUGUGUCUUAUUAGUCUCUGCUUGCUAGGUUGUGUACAGGGCCAAAAUGGACAUGGACGUUAACCGCAGACACGCACAGGGUUCUGCAUAUGCCAAUUAUUCUUUACAGUUGCACCUGGCUGAUGAGGUCUGGUUGUCCAAAAACGUGUUUGGUCCCCACAGAAAUUGCACAGACCCUACCAGACCUGGGCAAGUGAAAAAAAAUUCACAUCACUUGAACCUGUGUGGCUAUGUGAACACGGACAGUUUACUUAAGUCCUAGGAGGACACGUCUUUUCAAAGUUUAGGGAAGUCUCACCACCUGAGUCACCUUGGUCCCUCUGCCCAAGGUGCAAGUAAGGAACAAAGGCUUGACGCCUAAAUCAACAUGGUAAUGUCAUGGGUCAAUUGAAGCUUAGAAAAGCAAACAAAAAUGCAGGGGUUCUCUUUAGUCACAAACAUAAUUUGCUUGUGAUAACCCAACAAAUGUGAUUGCAUUAAGGGAACCUCUGACAUUACUCCCCCUAAAGUAUGUAUUUGGGAUGACCGCAGUGACAUGCAGGAGAAUGGGCACAACCACCUGGCAGGAGGCCGAUGUACUGUAUGUGUGUUCAGAGGGAAAGUAAAUGUAUACUGCUCAUUCCUUUGCUGAUUGUAAACCCAUUAAUGUCUCUGUAGAAUGGGAUGAAAGUGCAAUAGUUUCUUCUUCUACAAACCUGAUGCUCUCCUCUCUUAAGGAAAGGUUCAAUCAUUCCUUCCCCUUUAAUUCAUAUUUUUAUGAUGUAAUGUACAAGUUCUGUUCUAUUUAAAGUGAAAACGUGAAAGGACUGCGUCCUAGUUGCACAUAGAGUUUAGACAGUGUUUAUUUGUCAGAUUUAUUUAUUUGAAAUGACAGGGACAUUGUUUUUUUUAUACGUAGUGUGUAGUGUGAAAGUGCCAAUGCUAAAGGAAAGACUUUAAAUGAAACCACAGCUGUUUCCUGAUUUGUAUUGUAAAAGUAUCUCAGGCUUGGGAACAACAUUGAAUAAUGUGUCAUGAUUCUAAAUUUUUGGAGCUAAGCAACAACACAGCACGGCAGCAGGGCCCGCUGAUAGCAUCAUCACAACAAACCCAUUCAAACCUGUGGUUCUAGUUGUUGUUUCUGUUCAGCUUUUGUCAGAAUUUGAUACAGAACUCUGAUUUGCCAGUUUUAGUGAUUUCAAAUAGAUAAACUGUUGAUCCCACUUCUGGUUUAGAUUUGGAAGAAUUUGUCAUUCAGUGUACCCUCUUUCAUUUCAGUUGUCAUCAUAAG